UUGAAAAUGAAAGUGAAAUGCUGCAGCUGAAUUGAUGUUUCGGGGAAAACCCGACGGUCCUGUAGCACACUAAACAACACUUCAGACAUAGAGUUAACAUAUAGAGCCAAGAUGUCUGAGAUAUCCACCAUAUACAAGAUAUCUAUAAUCGCAUUCGCAUUGUUUUUGGGUGUUUCUGGUUCUGGAUGUCCAGUUCUGGAGUGCUGGUUUGUACAAGAGAAGCCAGGAUCACGAGGGGGUUUCUCAGUACCUAUGAGCCAAGAGAAAUCUCUAAUGUUCAUCAGAACUGAUCCAUACAAUCAACAAGCAAUAUCUGACAUUCAUCCUCCAGCAGACAUCAGCCCGUCCAGAAUUUACUAUGUAACUGAUCCAGCUGGUACAUUCUGUAGUUCCUCCCUGAACCCACCAAAAGGCUCUGUGAACAAACCUAAAUGUGAAAUAAACCCUUUUAUUCCUCACGCCUCUAUGGUCAGAUGGGCAUCUGCUCUUACUGACUCAGCUCAAAGUCCCAUCUACCUGCAAGCUGAUUGGUUCUCAGUGGCAGUACAAGGACUUGAUGAGCAGCUGACAUUGUCCAGUAUUAUGCGAACACCCUCUACUUCUAAGGAGCUAGAUGUAAUCCUCAGCAUCUCCAGUAAAACUCCAGUGGUCCGCUCUAGACUGGGAGAGCCGGUUCUUUUAGACUGUGGGUUUUGGGUAGACCCAUCUUCUCCAGUCCAUGGCUCUGGUUUCUCUGUUGAGUGGCGGUAUCAGUUCCGGGGUGAAGGACGUCUGGUCAUUGCCUAUGAUGGCAAGAAUGAUCGGUUUGCUGAGACAUCAGAGACAGGCGCUGAUAUUGACAUCACAGCUCUCUACCAGACAGGAAAUGCAUCUCUGAUCCUGGAAGAGGCUCAAGUGAGACACACAGGAACUUACAUUUGCACAGUCUAUCUUCCACACCUGUUGGCACAGGUAACCGUGGACCUGGAGAUAGUUGAGCCUCCAUCCCUCUCCAUCUAUCCUUCCCCUCUUCCACUUCUUGUGCCCGGGCAGGUGGUUUUGGCCCAGUGCGAGGCCUCUGGUUUUGCUCCUCACACUCUGGAGUUGGGCUGGGAGUUCACUGGGGCAGAUGGGAAGUCACAGAGUCUGGGUCAGGGAGGUGUAACAGGUCACAGACAGGCUUCUGAUGGCACUUUCAGUCAGAGCACUCGUCUGGAGUUGGACUCAGCUAAGUUGGGACUCAGUCGUGGUGGUGAGAUCACCUGUGUAGCCAAACACGAGGGAGGUACGAGGCGAGCUAGUGCAACACUUAACGUGAUUGGUGUUAAUGCUCCCUCUAUUGAGGACUCUAUGGCAAUGGUCGCUGUUGCACUUGUGCUUUAUGGUGUGAUAAAGAUCCUUUCCUGGACAUUCAGCUCUGCUGACUCCAGUGAAACUGAAUUAAAUGAGAAGAAGCAGAAAUAAACCUGGACCUUGAAGUGAUUUACAUGGUUUCCAACUGUGAAGUUCCUGUUUUCUCUGUUUGCUCUUGAAGUUUAAAUAAACAAACUGGUCUUGUAAAUAAUCGGAAUAGUUGUAUGUAUUGUGGUUCCAUCGUUUUUUCUCAAGUCUGUAUGUUUGCUAAGCUAUAGUUUGGGGACUAAAUGUAUACCCAGAAGUGAGCUAAUUCUGAUAAAACCCCCUUUUGGGGGAUAUUUUGAGAUGCUCUCAUUUGAUAAAAAAAUAUCUGCAAUAUUUUUUAUUUUCUUUCAUAAAAUGCAUUUGUUGCAUAUGUUUUCUAUUAUGGUUAGGUUUGGGUUAGUCUGACUAUAGUUAUUAUUAUUUGCUUUAAAACAAUAAAAGUCUAUGUCCCCAUUUAGAUAGCUAAGUAAAUGUUUGUGUGGUUACUCUCUGGAAAUUCUUACAUUCAGCGAUUUUAAUUGCUAUUGAUUUGUUUUAUAAAUUCUGGAAAUAAACCCAAUAAA